AUGGAAGAAAAUGAAAUUAUCUUGAAAAUUAUACAAAAUCUACCAAAAAUUGAAGUUAACAAAGAUCCUGAUAAUAGUUCAACUGGAGUGAAUCAAACGGACUCUGAUGAAGAUUUCGAUGCAGGCGCUAAUGAUGGAUGUCAAUUUCGAUAUGAAGAGCAUCGAGGCAGUAAUCUGGUACUACAACAUAUCACUGGACGACGUGGAUCAUUUUUGUAUAGGCAAGACACUAAUUCAGGUCAUUCACACUACAGUUCAAGGCAUGAAUCAAUCACAGGGGAUGAAUUGAGUAGACAUCAAGUCGAUGAACCGAUUGUAACACCAUUUGCACAAAUUUUGGCUAGUUUAAGAAAAGUUCGAACAAAUUUUAUCCUGUUAACAAAUGUAACAAGUACAAGAGAUUCACGAUUUGGUGCUGUUCAGCCAAUGCAGGCCAUCGAAGACGGUACUAAUUCAUCAUCAUAUUCAGAACUCAAAAUUGGUUCUUCUGGACAGGCAAAGGUGACAGCUACUGAAACUCUAGAAGAACUUGAAUGGUGUUUAGAAAGACUGGAAAAUAUACAGACUCAUCGAUCUGUCAGUGAUAUGGCAUCAAGUAAAUUUAAAAAGAUGUUAAACAAAGAAUUGAGCCAAUUCGCUGAUGGUGGUCAAAGCGGCAAACAAAUUUCAGAAUAUAUCUUCUCAACAUUUUUAGACUCUAAAGAAAAUGAUCCACUGAAUAGCCCUUCAUCCAUGAUAACAACCACACCGCACGGUAGCGGUGGAAGUAAUACACAUGGUGUAUGCAAUAACAGCAAUAACUCAGAGAUGACGACGUGUUCCUCUUCAUCUGUUCCAAAGAAAGCAGAUUCAUCUGGGAUACAUAUUGCAACAAGACCUAUUGAAUUAGAUCAUGUACUGCCCGCGGUGACUACACUUCCUAACUCGACAACAACAACAACAACACAUAUUACUGAUGGGCAUAUAACAACAAAAAUCAGUGGAAUCAGUACAAAUAACAGUUUGUCUACCUCAGUCGGUACAAUGUCUGUAUCUACUUCAGUGGUUAAUUCUUCAUCAUCAACGGCAUCUCCACUGGUAUCAUUAUCAGUUGCAUCGUCAGGAAUUGAUGAAAUAAGGAGUGGAGAUGAUAAAAGUACUGGAAAACUCCAGUCGAAUACUUCUGAGAAUAACAGUAAUAAUCCUUCUAUUUUUGUCCCUACACCUAGUCCUCCUAUUCAUUUUCAACAUCCCCAUCAACAUCAACAUCAUCAUCAUCACCAUCAUGAACACUCUAGUGAGAAUAAUUUGCCAACCUCAAUUGUACCGUAUAUAAUGAAUUCUAAAAAUCCUGCUAGACUUGAAGAACUGUUGCAAAAUUCACUCGACCUAUGGGGGAUCGAUAUUUUUGAAAUUGACCAGCUAACAACACAUCCUCUCACUUGUAUAUUUUUCAAUAUUGUACAGAAAAGAAAUCUUUUACAACGAUUUUCUAUACCUGAAAGUAAUUUAAUUUUAUAUAUGAAUGCUGUAGAAGAAAAAUACAAUGACAAUCCAUAUCAUAAUUGUAUUCAUGCAGCUGAUGUUGUCCAAUCAACACAUAUACUGUUAAAUGCUCAGUCAUUAGAGUCGGUUUUUACAGAUUUAGAAAUUUUUACCGUCCUGUUUGCUUGUGCUAUUCAUGAUGUUGGGCAUCCAGGCGUUACAAAUCAAUAUUUAAUCAAUACAAAUGACAAAUUGGCAAUUUUAUACAACGAUUCAUCUGUACUCGAGAAUCAUCAUUUAGCUAUUGCAUUUUCACUACUCGGUCAACCAGGUCAUGAUGUUUUUGAGAAUUUUCCAAGGAAACAACGACUCAGUUCUAGACGUAUGAUUAUUGAUAUGGUUUUAGCUACAGAUAUGUCAAAGCAUAUGAGUUUACUGGCUGAUUUAAAAACAAUGGUUGAAACAAAGAAAGUGGCUGGAUCUAGUAUUCUUACACUGGAAAGUUAUAUUGAUAGAAUGCAGAUUUUACAAAAUAUGGUACAUUGUGCUGAUUUAAGCAAUCCAGCUAAACCAUUAGAUUUGUAUAGACAAUGGACAGGUCGUGUUAUGGAAGAACUUUUCCGUCAAGGGGAUAAAGAACGUGAAUUAGGCAUCGAUAUUAGUCCGAUAUGUGAUAGAAAUACAGCGACUAUAGAAAAAUCACAGGUGAGUUUCAUCGAUUACAUUGUUCAUCCAUUAUGGGAGACAUGGUCCGAUCUAGUAUAUCCAGAUGCACAAAAUAUCCUUGAAACCCUAGAAGACAAUCGUGAAUGGUAUUUCAGUCAAAUUAAUGAAACCAACAACGGGGAUAUGAAUAAUAAUGAUGGUGAUGAUGAUGAUAAUAAUAAUAAUACUGAAGAUAAAAAUAAAACUACUACUACUACUACUGCAGAGAAUGAAGAAUAA